AUGGGUGUCACAAAGAACGUGCUUAGGAACGGUAAUGGAGUCAACAAGCCCACGACAGGUGACGAAGUUGUGAUCGACUAUACAGGAUGCCUCUAUGACCCUACAGCCGCCGAUAAGCAUUUUAUGGGAGACGAGUUUGAUUCGUCCAAAGAUAGAGGAGACUUUAAAACCACAAUCGGCAUUGGAAAGGUCAUUCGAGGAUGGGAUGAGGCGGUUAUGAAUAUGACACUCGGCGAAAAAAGCAUCCUAACAAUCAGCGGAGACUAUGCGUACGGAGACCGUGGCUUCCCAGGGCUCAUCCCUCCAAACUCGACUCUUGUUUUUGGCGACUUGCGCCCUCUUCCAUAUUCGAAAGUAGCCUCACACUAUCUGACAUUCGAAGUCGAACUCAAGGGCAUCAAUAAUAUACGGGCAUCAUAA